UAGUAGAAAUUACAGUGUUACUUGCAGCUGGUUGCCGGUAACUUACCGUAGAUUUAAAUGUAUGUUAUUUACUGGCAACAUUUUGUUAAAAGUUAAAUCAACAUUUCACAUUAAGUCGUCUUUGUCUUUACAGAGUAAAACUAAAAUAACAGCAUCAAGCAAAGCAUUCUGGGAAACAAAAUCUGAAGCAAAAAACUGAAAAAGUUUGUUGAUGAUUUCUGAUUAUUGCUGUUAUUGUAUAGUUUUAUUCUGUUAAGAUAAAGACUUGUUAAUAUCUACUAUUUUUUUUACUUUGAACAAACUCUUGCCAGUAAAUAACAUAAAUUUAAAUUUACAGUAAGUUACUGACAACCAGCUGCCAGUAACACUGUCAUUUCUAGGGAAUUUUUUUACAGUGUAGCUUGUUAUCAAGUCAAUCACACGCUAUUAAGUCAAUGUUCAUGUGCUGAAAAAACAUAACAGAGAAAAUACAUGGGGCAUACUCUUAUGUUCUAUACUGUAAAAACUGGAGUUAUAUACUUAGUUGUUUUCAUACACUGAAAAAAAUUACCUGUAAUUAUGCAGCUGUUGCCAGUAACUUACUGUAAAAGAUAAAGACUGUAAAUGUUUCAUGUUCAUUUAACUUUGAACAAACUGUUGCCAGUAAAUAACAUAAAUGUAAAAUCUACAGUAAGUUACCAGCUGCCAGUAAUACUGUAAUUUCUACAGAAUUUUUUUACAGUGUAAAAUAUUGUAUUGUUGCACUAUAUUGGUGUAUUACAACAUGUGAAAUUAGCAUUAGCCAACAGGCUAAUAUCCAAAACAGAUAUUAUGUACACAACAGACUAUUAUCAUCUUAAAUCAGGUCAUGUCCCUUGUAAUUUUAACAAUUUAUGACUUCUGAAGGUUCAUUGUCCUGUGGAAAUUUGUAAAAUGAUGUAUUUUCUGUGUUUUGAUGGCUGAAUGACCUGCAUCCUGAUACAAAACAAGGUUUAAAGCGCACACUCUGGACGUCCAUUCCUCACAGCCUCAGUUUGGAAUCAACGAUGGCUGCAGGAUGAAUAAGAUUUAUAAUGUACAGUAAAUAGAGAAUUGUUGUACAGCUUUGUGUAUGAAUCAGCUUUAAGCUCCGAGAUUUGUCAAUAUUACUGUAAAUUUUCCUGUAUAUAUUGUGGUUUUUUGAUUCUUUUUGCAAAAGAAAACACUAUCAUUCACGAGAACUUAAAUCAUUUGAGUUUUAAAGAUCACACUGCUUACCCAUGUUUAUAACUGUGGUAAGCUCUAUAAUUAGCCGGCCAUCAUUUAAAUGCUUUCACAAGACAUAUAAAUAUACACUGAAAAUAUAACCUGUGCCACCAUGUUGUUGUUUUGUUUUGAUGUGAACUUCUGUCUUUCAUGAAAGCAUUAAAUAGAAACAUAAAGAAUUACUUUUAAAACAGCUAAUGCAAGCAAAACAAUUUAGGUCAGUCAAGUUUGUUUACAGCGUCUGUGCAAAAGGUGUCUCUCAUCUCACACCUUAAAAACAACCCUGUUCAUUAAAUAAUGUUUUUAUUUUUUUAUUAUUCAUCAAUUAUUGUGAAAUGACAUGUGAAAACAAGUUUUUAUAUCCGCCAAAUCAGAAAGCAUGAAAGUUGAUAACCUUCAUUGUGCAAACCACUUGAACUAAACAUAACAGCUUUGACUAUAAAUAAAGAACAGGUAUUCACACAAUGUCUUGUUUGUCUCGUAGCCUUGGCACAUCUGUAACCUGACACAACAAAUACAGGCUGACUAUUUAACCUAAUUACAAACUUAGCAAAACUACAUGUGAAAAAAACAAUGUAGGAAGGGAAGUCCAACCAUUUACUGAUAGCAGCAUUUCAAAAUGUGUUUGCUUAAUACUUGUUUAUAAUAUUCAAUAUUUAAAGUCUACAAUAUUAAGCCAUUUCCACAAGCAUAUAUUCAGAAGGACUGUUGGUCGUUACAUUACUGCUCUGUUCCCCAGACCUUAACUUGUGUCUACUACUUCAAGAGCAACCACGCUAAGAGGUUAAAAUAUUUUGCACCCUGCAUAUCACGUGUAUGGUCCAGAAACAAACUCUAGCAGUCGGGUGUGGGGUGACAGUUAAAGGCCUCUCCUUCCAGGCUGCUAAAAAAAAGAUUUCAGUGCAGGCAGGUGUCAAGUAUACAACACAAGACAUUUAAGAGAUACAACUUUUAACUUUAUUUGCUUGGAAACAUCACAAAAUUCAGAAACAAAGAAAAACAUUGUGAAGAGGCAUCCAUCAUGGCAGCAGCCAGUGUGUCCAUGUCAGGCUCCACUGUCACCACCAUGGAUUUUGCGGACUACAGUCUCUAUAGUAACCUGUCUGAUGAUCAGCUCUUACAGCUGGCAAUUGAACGCAGCCUCACUGAUGCUCAUAGCUCCGGGUCAGGGACUGACAGCACAAAGACCACUACUGCUCGAAACAGACCUGCAUCAUCACGCCCAGUUGCCCCAUCAAGACCUGCCCAGCAACAGCCUGAACCACCUGCAUGCCCUGCCAAUCCACCUAGAAGAGAACAAACAAACCCAGAUACAGUGUUGUCGAUCAGCCACUUUACCACCGGUUAUGGCAAGCGGAUGGUGGCCUACCGAAGAUACGACGGCUCUAUUCAGGUCAUUCCAGAGCAUGAAGAGGAGAUGGAUCCUAUUGUAAAGGCCAUUGGGGAAGGUGAUGUUGGUACAGUAAGGCUAUUGGUUAAGACAUCUGGGUGCAACCUUCUUACAGCAAACAAACACGGAUGGAUUCCUCUGCAUGAUGCGGCAUAUUAUGGACAAGUUGAAUGCAUAAAAAUUCUCCUGAAAGCUCAACCUGGGAUGGUUAACCAGCGCACUCUUAAGGAUCAGACUGCUUUGAUGUUAGCUGUGUCCAGGGAUCAUCUUGCAUGUGCGGAGUAUCUUCUCGAGAAAGGGGCUGACCCAGAUAUUGUCAAUAAUGACAGGGAGACUCCACUGUACAAAGCUUGUGAAAAGGAGAACCCAGCAAUGGUUGCCAUGCUACUGAAUCACAGUGCGUCAGUGAAUAAAAGCUGCAUUCAAGGCUGGACGGCUCUUCAUGAGGCUGUGUGCAGGAACAAUGUGGAAAUCUGCGAGAUGCUCGUGAAAGCUGGAGCCAAGGUCGGCAAAGCCAACAUGUAUGGAAUUACUCCUAUCUUUGUGGCAGCCCAAAGCGGAAAGGUGGAUACACUUCGGUUCCUUCUAAAAAAUGGUGCCGAUAUCAACAGUCAGGCGUCAGAUGGAGCCACGGCACUCUACGAAGCUUGUAAGAAUGGUCAUGAGGAGAUCGUUGAGUUUCUUCUAUCUCAAAACGCAGACGCUAACAAGCCUGGCAAAACAGGACUGUUGCCAAUUCAUAUCGCUGCCCAGCGUGGCAGUGACGGGUAUGCAAAUUUCUUAAUGUCAAAGACCUCCUCACUUAUGGGUGUACCCGCAAACAUGUCAGUGCAACUAAUAUCUAUGCUGAUCCCAGCCACAAGUAAAGCCAGAGUGAGACGGUCCGGUAUCAGCCCCCUCCAUUUAGCAGCGGAGCGCAACAGAGACGAUGUUCUCGAAUUGCUGAUCGAGGCCGGAUUCGACGUCAACGCCAUGCUGUCCGAGGAUCGCAUGAAAAUGUACGAGGAUCGACGCAGCACCGCUCUAUAUUUCUCCGUCAUCAACAACAACAUCGAUGCCACCACUAUGCUUCUGGAGGCUGGUGCCAAUCCAAACCUGGACACGUUUAACCCGCUCUUGGUAGCCUUGAGACAGGGCUGCGUACAGACGGUGACUUUGCUGGUGGAACACGGUGCUAACGUGAACGCUUACAUACCCACCCAUCCGACAACGUUUCCAGCCACUGUUAUGUUCUGCAUGAAGUACCUGACUUUACUGAAGUAUCUGAUGGAUCAUGGCUGUGACGCCACGUCGUGUUUUAAUUGCGUCUACGGCAACAAUCCUCAUCCACCGAUCAAGACAAGACGUGAUCGGGUGGAUGACUAUGAUGAAGAUAGGCAACCGACCUGUGUUCAGUUCUGUGAGGUGAUCUCCGCUGAUAACUACUCCCGAUGGGCUGGGCCAGUCAUAGACGUGCUUCUUGACUACGUCGGACACGUGAAACUAUGUGCGAGGCUCAGGGAUCAUCUGGACAGUUAUCCUGACUGGAACUGCAUCAGAGAGAAAGCUAUGCCUCCACGACCGCUGCUGCAGCUCUGCAGGCUGAAAAUUCGGCAACUGCUUGGGAUUAAGAGACUGAAGAAAAUCCACAAGCUUCCAGUUGCUCCAAGGCUAAUAAAAUUCCUGAAUCAUCAAGAACGAGAGCAAGAUUAGAAAAAUGUAAGAAAACCAUUGAUUUGUUUGCUAAAUGUAUGGUUCAAAUGGCACAAAUAUAAGAGAAAUUGGUUACACAAUGGAUAAAAAUUGGUAAACACUUUACAAUAAUGUUGAAUUUUGUUAAAGGUCACAUAACACACACAGAUUCAUCUCAUGUUAAUCUUGGGUACCUAUAGAGCAGUAUUGCAUCCUUAAUAUCUCCAAAGAUUCUUUAGUUAGUAGUCAAAUUUAUAAAAGCUGUACUCAUUUUAAAAAGUCACGGGCAAUACAUCAUUGCAUUAUCUCUGGAUAACUUUUAAUGAAUACUUUCGUAUUGUUUACAUUAUAUGCUCUUAUGCACUGAUUGCCAACAAAACACAAAAAUUUAAUGCAGUUUUACUUUACACUUUUCAGUGAGAAGUGCCCAUAUACUGUAAGAACUUUCUCUGUACUUCUGCGAAUUGUGAUGUAACACUCGAAAAAACUUGUACGAACCCUGACGAAGAGUAUUCAGCAAAAAAAGUUUUUUAAACUUUGCUAGCCUAAGAAUCCAACUCUUUAUCAGUAUAAAUAAGUCAGAAUGCAUUAGUAAAUGUGUUAGCUAACUACUUUUUCAGCAUUUACUAAUGUUAUUUAAUACCAGCAUAAUUAAGUUAAUUCAUUGUGCAUUAAUUAAUGUUAUCAUUUACCACAUUUGCUUUUAAAAAUGUAUUAAUAAAUGCUGAAAUUAACAUGAAUUAUACCUGAAACCUUAAUAAAUGCUGUAGAAGUAUUUUUCAUUGUCAGUUCAUGUUAACCAAUAAUCUGAAUUUGGGUAACAGAUGUUAAUAUUUAGUGGGUACAUGGCACUUUAUUAUAGUAUUUUUCUGUAUGUAUGCCUAUUUAAAAAAAAAAGUUUUUUAAGUAGUGACAUUUGAAGAGUUUCGUUGCAAAACGAGAUAAAUCCAUUUUUUUACAUUUUUGUCAAAACAUGUUUAUUAUUAUGUUAUCAUGUUAUUAUUUUGUUUUAUUGUGCUACUUAGCUGUAUUUAGCUGAAAUUAAUUGGAAUGCACAACCAAAAAAUUAGAUUUCUGAACAAUUAAAAAAACGGUGGUUAUCUCGUUUUGCAACAAAACUCUUCAUUUAUUUAAUGACAUUCAUGUGCAUUCAUUUCAAAAAGUAGUUUUAACUUUUUGUAAUUUAGUAAAAUGUAUUUAUUUCUUGUUUAUUUUGUAAUAGAUAUGACUAAAUAGGUGUUUGUACAGUUUUGUUUGAUCAGAUUUCAUUUUGCUUAAAGGAACAGUAUGUAAGAAAUUUAUAUCAAUUAAUCAUAAAAUGGUCCUUAUAUGUCACUAGACAUUAAGAAAUCAUUUUCAUUUCAAAUACUUAUAUCACUCACAACAGUGGUCUGGCCAGGAUAUUGUCAUUUAAAAAGUGGAGUUGCAGCCCUCAACUGAUGUUUAUGUUGUCAUGUUGUGUAUUGGCCACCAGUUGUGUGAUUGCAGUACCAGUUUUAGCCACAAGUUUUGUGAUUGCAAUAUCAGUUUUGGCCACAAUGCUACAUACUGUUCCUUUAAUUCAUUAUUUAAUAUUUAGAAGCAACAAAAGCCAACACUCAGCAAAUACAUCAAAUUAUUGAACUGUAAAAUGAUAUCUGUGUGUAAUAUUUAAUUAGCACUUAAAUUUGUCAGGGCUUUAUCGAAAACAAACACAGUCUUUAUGUUACAUUUCCCACCAAUAAGACUUGUACAUUUGCCAAUAAAGUGUUAACUACUGUAA